GAGUAAGGUGGGAGGGGGUGUUAUAGAGCUGGGAGUGGGGUAUAUAGUACAGUGUGGUGCACAAGGAAGUACAUAACAGAAAGAAGAAGAGGAGACAUGUCAUGACUGGCUGACAGGGGAGUUACCUCUCUUGUACAGCUCCUGGCUGCUAGGGCUCAGCAUAGGGAGCAGAGAGAGAGAUAUCACUGACUGCCAGAGGUCUCAUUCCUUGUCACUAAGGACAUAAAGCACCUGCCCUACCUCACCUCUAUGGAGUCAUUAGAGGAGCACAGCCACCUGCAGAGCAGCCCAGGGAGACAGCCAAGGACUAUGCGCAAAGGCAGCGCCUGUUCCGCGUCCCCACAAAGGCUCCGGUGCCAAAGGCGCAGCAGCUCGUCUGGAACCAGGAGCGCAACCUCCUCCACCUCCGAGAGGCGCAACGAGAGGGAGAGGAACCGAGUGAAGCUGGUGAACAUGGGCUUUGCCAAGCUCAGGCAGCAUGUGCCCCAGGCACAGGGUCCCAACAAGAAGUUGAGCAAGGUGGAGACGCUGCGCUCUGCAGUGGAAUAUAUUAGGGCGCUGCAGUCUCUGCUCUUGGACAGACAGUCAGGGGAUGAUGGGCAGAGGGGACCGAGCUCUGAUGGGCUCUCCCCUUGUGGCAGCAGCUGCUCUGUGGACUCAGGCUCUGCGGCUCUGUCACCGGGAUCCUGUUCCCCAUGUACAUCAGAGGAGUGCUCCCGGGAGGACAGUGGUGUAUCCGAGGCUGACUUUUUCCUAACCCUGCAUGGCUGGGGGUAGCAGGGUGCUGCAAGGUCAUAAAGAAUGAUUGGCUGCAUUUGCCUUGCAACAAAUAUGGAUAUGGCUUCUCGCUGGGACACUGUGCGGAUACUUUAGAAUGUUAAUAUAUAGAGACGGUUAUUUAUAUCUGGAGUUGUAUAUACGUUCUGGCUACUGACACUGCCUUUUGUAUUUAUCAAUGUUGUAGGAGGGUAAUAUAUUUGGUUAAAUCAGUAUUUUAUGUAUUUUGGAGGGGGAAGCGGUAACCUCCUAACUAUGGGGCUUUGUGUUGACUAUGUGCUGAGAACUGCUCUUUGAUUGUACUUUCCUAAAAUUCAGAACGCCCAAAAGUCCAACUCUGGAGAAGGGCUUUUAAGUGAGCCCUAUUGUAUGCGGAAAUAUCUUGCUCUUGUAUGGAUCUGAAAAAGCUCUGUUUGCAGAGAGCUUUCCCUUGCUCCAGGCUGCAUAAAGGACUGAAUCACAGCCAUACUCACUAAUGGAUCCAAGAGUAAACAGACUCAGCUUUAAAGAUACAGACAGACUCUGGAUCGUGCAAAACAAAAAGAAAAAGGACAUUUAAAAAAAAAAAAAUAUUUAGAAAGCCUUUUCAUGGCUAAGUACCUCAGUGACAGAGAUGUGACAACAUGCAUCGGCUGUCAGAUUACAGAGUACGUCAGCGGCGAGUUUGUCCUGUGACCUAUUAAUCUGUUCACAAAGUUUUUUUCGUCUUCCACCCUCACCGGCAGCACACAGCCAAACUGCGAGCUUCCAUGUUUGGAAUCCUAUGUUCAACAAAAUGUCUGUAUAUUAGGUGAAUGCUGCCACUAGGUGUCGCCACACAGGCAUCUAACCAGUCUUGGGCAACCUGUUGCCGCCUUAACUAUCAUGAGGCUACAGGUACCAGUAUUGUGAUCCAGCUGUUGGCUGUUAGAUCACGCUCAGGCUUCUACAGCCUUUGGAUGACGGCAGGUUGCUUACAUCUGACCUAUACAAUUAUGCAUAUGAUGUAAUAUUUACACACUACCUCUAUUUAUCAGUUGUGAUAAUGUUUAAUAUGGAUGUAAUCACUGUUACUUAGGUUUGCUGAUGACUCGUGUUUGUAUUGAAACCUUAAUGUUAUUGGCUCAGUAACCUGUUCCAUGGCAGUUAAAAAGGAAAAGCUGCAAUAACCAGUUUUCUGGAAGUGCAGACAAGACAAUGAAGGGUGCCUCCAAAAUCCAGCUGCCUUACAAUGGUGUCAGCUCUAUAAUUAGACAGAGAGAAAGAGGCCAAUCAGGGACUAACAUUACUGCAGCCUCUCUCCUGGCCUAGCGACUUGUGCCUUAAACUGUAUAAACUAUAGCGAAUCCGCAUCAAGAAUCUCUCCAAGUGCAUGAUGGGAAAUGACUUUCACACAUAUCCGGAGACAAGAGGCAUUGUACAUCUGUGGACUGCGCUCACCGAUGUCUGGACUGUUAAGUUAUUUAUUUGUAUAUACAUUCUUUUUACAUACAGAUUUUCUAACCCGAACGUUAAGCUAUUUUUCUAAU